AUGCGACUCCCGACCAAUCUCCUAUAUUUGACUUUGUCAAUCCUGCCCUCGGCCUUCGCUGUAUUCGCCGACGAAGCAUACAAUGUCGAUUACCACUACGAAUUAUUAGGCAUCCCCCAACCCCACACUACCUUCUUCCAUCGCCCGCGGAAAGAUGAGAAGGCUACGCUGCUAUAUACAUUAAGCGAUCUAGGUGUCCUUGGUGCCGUGAAUCCUGGUGUUGGAAAUGUUGUCUGGCGACAAUUUCUCGGACAGGAUGCGCACUCAGAAACGGGCUUUUUGCGCCCCGUGGAGGGAGAGAAUACAGUUGUCUCUGCGAUUGGAAGCAGCGUUAAUGCGUGGGAUGCUAUGAGUGGGCGGGAGAUAUGGGGAAAUAAUUUUGGGGGCGCCAUAAGGGAUCUGGAAGUUCUUGAAACGGCUACUGGAAACGACGAAGCCAGGGACGUGUUGGCUCUAUUCGAAGAAGGCGGAAACGCAUACCUCAGAAUGCUGAAAGGCACGAAUGGGGAUGUGGCAUGGGAAUAUAAGGACGGAAGCAGUGAUGUGCCACUGCAGGUCAGCACAAAUGUGAGGAAUGUAUUUGUGGUAUCGCUCCACGGGUCAAGUGGAGGCUAUAACCUCAAGGUUACCAUAUUGGACCCAGUAACUGGGAAGAGGACAAACGAAUACACCCUUACUACGAAGGCCGAUAUCUAUGCCCCAGAAGAUGUUUUGCUUGUGGGCGCAAACUCGGCAGCUCCCAUUAUUGCUUGGACGGAUAAGCCGAUGAAGAACUUAAAGGUCAACAUCUUGGGAAAAACGGGAGACAUCCAGAAUCUGCCGCUGAAGGAAAGUGAUGGCGAGAUUACAAAAGUUGCCCUCCAUGCACCCCAUCUGGUCCAGUCACUACCGCAUUUCGUGGUUCAUAGCCACUCGGAUGUUUCCAACCGAGCAGACGUUUACCAUAUUGACCUUAGCCACAAGAGCAUCAAGUUAGCAUACUCACUCCCAAAGCUCCCUGGCCAAGGCGCGAUUUCUGUCAGCUCUCAAGACGCAAAUGUCUACUUUACCAGACAUACACAAGACGAAGUCGUUGUGGUUUCCUCUGCUUCCCAUGGAAUCCUCGGGAGAUGGCCUCUGAAGCUGGAGAAAGGUCGCGGAUCGUUCGUUCACGGCGCUUCGGAAGUCGUGCAACGAACUGCUGAUACAUAUGCUGUUCGAUCCGCCGUGGUGACAACCGAUCAGGAUUGGGUCCUCGUUCGCAAUGGAGCUGAGGGAUGGAGUCGUCUAGAAGGGCUCUCUGGGAUUGUUGCCGCGACAUGGGCCGAGAUACCAGAGUCAGAGAGUCUGGCCAAGGUUCUGGAAGUAGAGGCCGAAAGCAACCCUCUAUCCGCAUAUAUUCAUCGCGUGACUCGUCAUAUUGACGAUUUACAAUACUUGCCAGAUUACCUCCAGAAUCUUCCAAAACGGUUCCUAAGCAGCAUCCUCCCUGGCGAAUCCGCCCCCCAAAAGCAAGGUGUGUUAGCCCGAGACAACUUUGGAUUCAAUAAGUUGGUAAUUGUUGCCACACAACGCGGCCGCUUAUAUGGUCUCGAUGCGGGUAACCAGGGCAGUAUCGUUUGGUCACUCGGGGCCUUCGAAAUUCCUGCAGGCAAGAAGUGGGAUGUGAAGGGUAUUUGGGCCUCGCCAUCUAAGGGCACCACGACUGUUAGAGGAGCGGAAGGGGAGUUUAUUCAGGUCAAUACGACAACGGGAGAAACCAUCGCAUCGACUACACCCGGGUCAGCACCUGUGAUUCAGAGUACAGUUGUGGUCGACGGCCCAUUGCAGAAGUGGUUGCUACCUAUUGGGACCAACGGAGAACCUGGCCAAGUUCCAGCAGUUUUGGCCCCUAAGGAGUACCUUGUGGUGCAGGGCAAGAAUGGUGAAGUUAAAGGAUUAAAAUUCGAGACCAAAGGGGAUGUUGCCAACCCUGUUGUUACUUGGACAUUCACGCCGCCCGCCGAUCAUAGAGUUACUGGCGUUGUAUCGAGGCCGGCUCAUGAUCCAGUCGCUUCGAUAGGCAAUGUCCUAGGCGACCGUACUGUGCUUUACAAGUAUCUGAACCCAAACAUUGUCCUGGUUACCACUGUAUCGGACGAGGCCUCGCUUGCAUCCUUCUACUUGCUCGAUACCGUCUCGGGCGACAUCCUUUAUUCAACCAUCCACGAAGGCGUAGAUACCAAGCAGCCUAUUGCGUCCGCACUUACCGAAAACUGGUUCUCGUACUCCCUAUGGGCCGAUAUCACUCCCACUACCGACGCACUCCCAGCCUCGAAGGGCUACCAGAUCAUCAUCUCAGAAAUGUAUGAAUCCCAGAUUCCAAAUGAUCGUGGGCCCCUAGACUCGGUGCCCGAAUCCUCAAGUCUCGAGCCAUCCGAUAUUCCCAACGCUGAGCCGGCACUCCCCCACGUCAUCACGCAAUCAUUCCUCAUCCCGGAAGCCAUCGGCCACAUGUCUGUGACGGAAACCAGACAAGGCAUCACAACCCGACAACUCCUCUGCACUCUUCCAUCUAGCAACGCCAUCGUCGGCAUCCCACGCACUGUUCUCGACCCCCGCAGGCCCGUAGGCCGUGACCCUACACCCGCCGAGCUCGAAGAAGGACUUUACCGCUACCAUCCGGUCAUCGAAUUCGAUCCCAAACUCAUCCUCACACAUAAACGCGAAGUCAUCGGCGUUAAGGAUGUCAUAACCAGCCCUGCUAUAUUGGAGAGUACGAGCUUGGUGUUUGCAUAUGGAAUUGAUGUUUUCGGAACGAGAGUUACCCCGAGCUUUGCAUUUGACAUCCUAGGGAAGGGAUUUAAUAAGCUAAGCUUGGUAUCUACGGUGAUUGCGUUGUGGGUUGGUGUUGUAGUUUUGGCGCCUAUGGUGAGGAGGAAACAGAUCAAUGGGCGGUGGAUGGCGUGA